AUGCAAGGAAUCAACGUUGAUGCUCUUGUCUCACAAAUUAAUUCAUUAACUUCUGUAUUAAAAGAAGAACAAACUAAGUAUGAAAAUGAGCUUCAAAAAUAUAAAGAAUGUCGAAAGGAAACUAUAGAUGCUGUAAAUAACUGGGGGAGUUCACCAGUUAAAGAAACAACCUCAGCAGAAGAUGUAGAAAUGCCACCAGAAGAGCAAUAUAAAAUGCCAUUAUCAUGGAUUAUUUUAAAAAGAGUAGUUCAAGGAAGAGAUUGGCACUAUGGUAGAACUGAUAAAAAAGAAGAAAAAGGUGUUGUUUUUUCAGUUAAUAAAGAUGGACAAAUAACAGUAAGAUGGGAUGAUGGUGACAAGACUCAUUGCAGUUGGGGAAAAGACGGUAAUUUUGAUGUUACUGUUAUAAGUAAUACACUUGAUAUGACUCCUAUCGAACCAUCAGAACAAAUUCGUAAACCAAUUUCUUGGCUUGUUGGAAGAAAAGUCAAAAGAGGAACUGAUUGGAAAUGGUCUGACCAAGACGGUGGAGAAGGGAAAACAGGUUUAGUAUUAUCUUCUGCUGGAAAAGGAUGGAUUAAUGUUAAAUGGGAGAGUGGAAAAGUUAAUCAAUACCGCUGGGGAGAAGAUGAUUGUCAUGAUGUUGAAGUCAUUUUUUAA